AUGGCGGUGAAGAAAUGGAUUCAGGGAGGAAGACUUGCUGCCGGCAUGCUCACGAUACAAGCAAUCGCCACAGGGUUGCAGCUUCUGUCAAGACUGAUACUGAACCAAGGCUCUUUCAUUUUCGCUUACAUGUUCUAUCGGCAUGUCGUGGGUGCUAUUUGUGUUGCUCCUUUUGCUCUUUUCUGGGAAAGAGGCAAUGGAAAGAAGCUGAGCUGGUUGAUUUUCUUCUGGCUAUUUGUGGUUGCACUAACCGGGAUAACCAUGGCGAUGGGACUCUUCUAUUAUGGCCUAGGGGAUACCACAGCCACGUACGCAACAAACUUCCUCAACCUCAUUCCCAUAGUCACUUUUCUCCUCUCAACAAUUCUGAGAAUAGAAGAACUGCGGCUGCAUACCAGAGCUGGUAAAAUAAAGACUAUGGCUGCAAUAUUAUGCCUUGGUGGUGCACUGGUUAUUGCUUUUUACAAGGGCAAGGCCUUCCACAUCCCUCACCUUAACGUGGAGAAACAUUCCAUACUGAAAACCACUAAGCCUCGCAAGUGGACUCGGGGAACAAUAUUUCUAGUUUGCAGCUGCUUAUCCUAUAGUUUGUGGUUCAUAUCACAGGUUAAGUUAUUCCAACUAUUCCCCUACAAGUUCUGGUCAACAUUCUAUACUUGCAUCAUAGCAUCAGUGCAACAAGUAGUUAUUGGAUUGUGCAUAGAUAGAUCCAAAGCAGCUUGGCAUUUAGGAUGGAAUUUAGAGUUAGUUACCAUCUUUUACUCGGGAUCGUUGGCCACAUCUGCAUCAUUUUGCUUGAUUUCUUGGGCUAUAUCAAAACGAGGCCCAACUUAUCCCUCUAUGUUCAACCCCUUAUCUCUUGUAUUUGUGGCCAUCGCGGAAGCGUUCUUCCUUGGGGAAGCAAUCACCAUUGGAAGCUUGCUUGGUAUGUUCCUUAUCAUUGUGGGCUUGUACUCUUUCCUUUGGGCAAAGAAUAAGGAGACCAAAGCAAUAUUCAAGACUAUACGUGCUAACGGUGAAGUAGAAAAAAGGUCAGUUGAAUCUGCAGCUACUGUAGUGCCAGCACUAUCUCCUCAGAACGACAUAAAUCAUGGAGACAAAGAGCAACAGACGGACGCAGUUGUUCUAACCAGGGUUGAGGGCCUUGCUGGAUAA